AUGCCUCUCCAGUUUACUGCUGCGGCUUCGUCCCGAAUCACAAAAGCCGGGACGCGCACUUCCAAGAGACACUCCCCAUUUGACCGCCACCGACGCACCAAACCCGGCUCCCAAACCUCAACGAAGCUAUCACAAAGGGACGACAACCAUGACCGUCGCGCUGCCGAGUAUCUGGGCGACCGCCUCCCAGAUAUGGGCCCAUCGCACCACAUCUCCGAAACGACGCUGGUGCGCAAUGUGAUCCAGGCGAUCCAAUACAUCCAGAACACCAUGUUCACCGACAUGCCCGACUCGCGAACCGGUAUGAACAGCACGCGCAUCGCCGAGGUGCUGAACUUCCGCCGGGCGUUGCCGCCGAUCGUUUCGAUUGCUCAUGUGCAUAUGUUAUUGGACGCCCCCACGAAGGUGGAGAGGGAGAUUGUGGAGCUGAUCGACUCCGCUCGUCUCCGGCGGCUCUUUAUCCCUGGGCGCGGGAGCGCGUUGGCUGGCCUAGGAGACUGCUUGGUCCUAGUAGAAGACUGGGAAGGUGUCGUCCGAAAUAGCAGGCCCCUGGAAGAAGCUUUGAAAGAGAAGUUCAUCCGGGUCGUUCGCUCCAACACAAAGACUUUUGCUGUAGCGGCGAGUCACUUUACAACAGAAGAAUGCUCGUCCUUGGUUCGCGCCGGGUUUCUUGUGUCCCCAUCAUCGCUCGCCAAAAGUACCUCUGCUACAAUAAACCCAUCCAUCCCUGCUGAUGCUGUUCUAGAAGAACCGACGGAUUUAGAAACCUGUGCCAAGCGCAAGCGAUCAUUCCGAGACUCGUCCAUGCUGCUUUCGUUGCCAAAUCUGGGCCCGUACUUAAGGUUGCUCAGUGCAGGACGCUCGCAGAUGCUGGCGAUCCUCGAAAAGUCUAAGUAUCGCGAAGCGCCGCUGUCUCUCCUGAAAGACCGCUGGGACGGAUCAGUGGAGGCACAAACGCAGUAUGGCCUGGCAAAGCGAGUCAGAGGGGAGUCUAGCGGCGUGCUGCCUGGCCGGACGAAGAAGUGGAAAGAACUCUUUGGCAUGAACUUCAGAUGGGCUUUGGAAGAGGCCCUGGGUGCUGGUUUGAUAGAGAUGUUUGAUACCGGCAGUGUUGGUCCUGGCGUUCGGCGUCUAUGA